AUGCGUCUCUUAACCCUCACACUCCUUUUUCUACGGAUAGUUAGUGCGUCGAUAGGACCGACCGCGGACCUCCAUAUUGUCAAUAAUAAUAUACAGCCGGAUGGCUUCACUCGUUCUGCCGUCCUUGCUGGUACUUCGUCCACAGUUGGGACAUUCCCUGGACCGCUUAUUUCUGGUGCAAAGGGUACCACUUUCUUCAUGAAUGUCGUUAAUCAUUUGACCGACACGACGAUGUUGACAACUACCAGCAUUCAUUGGCACGGCAUGUUUCAGCAUCGCACGAGUUGGGCGGACGGUCCAAUUGGAGUGACGCAAUGUCCCAUCACUCCAGGCGACUCAUUUUUAUACCAGUUCUCCGUUCCUGACCAGGCUGGAACCUUUUGGUACCAUUCUCAUCACUCGGCACAAUAUUGUGAUGGUCUUAGAGGUCCUCUUGUGAUAUACGACAAACUGGACCCAAACAGGGCUCUAUACGACAUCGAUGAUGAAACAACUGUUAUAACUCUCGCGGACUGGUAUCACACCCCAUCGCCUCAACUUAACUCCUUCCCCACACCAGACGCUACAUUGAUCAACGGGAAAGGUCGUUACUCUGGCGGACCUGCCGCUCCCCUCUCAAACAUCACCGUUGUUCAGGGCAAGCGCUAUCGUUUCCGCUUGGUCUCAAUGUCAUGCCUCCCCAACUAUGUUUUCUCCAUCGACGGGCACACUAUGAACAUCAUCGAAGUCGACGGCAUCAGUGUCACACCAACGACUGUUGACUCCAUCCAAAUAUUUGCCGGCCAGCGAUACUCCUUCGUUCUAACCGCCAGUCAACCAACCGACAACUACUGGAUACGUGCGCUUCCCAAUGUUGGGACACCAGGCUUCAACGGCGGCAUCAACUCGGCUAUUCUUCAAUACGCUGGCGCACCUAAUCAAGACCCUACCAGUACCCAAACUGCCAGCGUCAUGCCGAUGCGUGAAACAGACCUUCACCCGUUGGUAAACCCGGGCGCCCCUGGCCCCGCAAAGCCCGGUGCUGCAGAUAUCAAUAUCAAUCUGAAUAUUGUGUUCAACUAUACCCUGUUCAAGUAUACCCUCAACGGGGCCCCUUUCGACCCACCGACUGUUCCCGUGCUUUUACAGAUCUUGAGUGGAGCGAAGACCGCGCAAGAAAUGUUGCCCCCCGGAAGCGUGUACGUCCUUCCUCGGGAUAAGGUUGUUGAAGUUACGAUGCCAGCGGUCGCGCUUGCAAUUGGAGGUCCGCAUCCACUUCAUUUGCACGGGAACACCUUCGACGUUAUCCGCAGUGCAGGCAGUUCGACUUACAACUUUGUGAACCCUGUCCGUCGGGACGUGGUCAGUAUCGGACAAAAUGGGGAUAACGUCACCAUUCGUUUUACGACGAACAAUGCUGGCCCGUGGUUUUUGCACUGUCACAUUGAUUGGCAUAUGGUCCUCGGCUUGGGAGUUGUCUUCGCUGUAGAUGUUCCAACUAUUUCUAGUACCAACCCUCCUGCUGCGUGGAAUCAACUGUGCCCUACCUACAAUGGUCAAUCUGCCCCGUAGUCACUCGUUUUCACUGGACUUGUUUUGUGCGCUGAUGUGGUAGAACAUUCUUAUAUAUAUUUGUACGUUUCCCAACUAUUUCA